GUAGUAAUUCUCUUCAUUUCAAAUCCCUGUCGUGGCAGCACGGGCAAGGCAGAGGACUUUUCUCCCCUUCAAACUAAGGGGAAAACCCUCCACCGAGAGCCUAGUGCACGAGCUAAAGAGCAAACGGAGGACUUUUGGGAGGAGGAGACAUUAGUUUGAAGGCACGCUGUGGUGGUAUCGGCUCACUGUGUGCACUAGUGUCUCCUCACUUGCACUGGAUACACGAAGCAGGACGUUUUGACUUCUCUGCGACUCGCAGGAUUCCCGAGAUCUCCCUGAAACCCGCCAAACGUUCACACGACAUCAUUCUAUAGGAGGUAUCUGUUGCUCAAGAUGGCGGCUGGUCUGGUUUAAUCGAGGACGGGUCAGGCCGAGAGAGACCUGAAGAAUCUUCUGCAUUCUAGUCCGUGAAUGUUAAUGAGGACGGCGGACUACAGUUCCAGCAAACCCAGGCCUGGGGAAAUCAUUAACCAGAGACAAAGCACAACAGCACACUGACCUCAUCACAUAUUGCUGCAUUAUCACUGGCCGUCUGAGUUGGAGAGUGAGGUGGGGUUGGUUUGCGAGCGUCGCUCCGCAGUGCUGUCCGAUGACUGUCUGACUCAUCACAUCCCGCGAAUGACAGGCGUGCAUUCGAGGGUGGGGCCCGCCUCAGUCUCACAUGAUUGGCUGCUGGAUGGAAAUAAGGUGAAUGGAACACAUGCCCAAGGAGCAGGACCCAAAUCAAUCAGAGGGAGAAGAGAAACGGUGGCUCGAUGGCCCGAAAAGGAAGAGAAAGAACAGUCAGUGUUUGGUGAAGAGCAUGGCUGGGUACAUCCCCAGCUAUCUGGAGAAGGAUGAGCCAUGUGUGGUGUGUGGAGACAAAGCUACUGGCUAUCACUACCGCUGCAUCACCUGUGAGGGCUGUAAGGGAUUCUUCAGGCGCACCAUCCAGAAGAACCUCCACCCCUCUUACUCCUGUAAGUACGAUGGCUGCUGCAUCAUCGACAAGAUCACCCGCAACCAGUGCCAGCUUUGCCGCUUCAAGAAAUGCAUCGCCGUGGGCAUGGCCAUGGAUCUGGUUCUAGACGACUCCAAGCGGGUUGCAAAGCGGCGCUUGAUUGAGGAGAACCGUGAGAAGCGGAAGAAGGAGGAGAUGGUCAAAUCCCUGAAGACUCGGCCAGAACCCACCAGCUCAGAGUGGGAGCUGAUCCGUAUGGUGACAGAAGCUCACCGCCACACCAAUGCACAGGGCUCUCACUGGAAACAGAAACGCAAGUUCCUGCCUGAGGACAUCGGACAGUCUCCGGUGGCCCCCACAUCAGACGGGGACAAAGUAGAUUUGGAGGCCUUCAGCGAGUUUACCAAGAUCAUCACCCCAGCCAUCACACGUGUUGUUGACUUUGCCAAAAAACUGUCCAUGUUUUCAGAGCUGCCUUGUGAGGAUCAGAUCAUCUUGCUGAAGGGUUGCUGUAUGGAGAUUAUGUCCCUACGUGCUGCAGUUCGGUAUGACCCGGAAAGCGAGACCUUGACCCUGAGCGGAGAGAUGGCUGUCAAACGAGAGCAGCUAAAGAAUGGAGGGCUGGGCGUUGUGUCUGAUGCCAUCUUUGACUUAGGCAAGAGUCUAGCGCAGUUCAACCUGGAUGACACAGAGGUGGCCCUGCUGCAGGCCGUACUGCUUAUGAGCUCAGAUCGCACAGGCUUGACAUGUGUGGAGAAGAUCGAGAAGUGCCAGGAGAUGUUCCUCCUAGCGUUCGAACACUACAUCAACUAUCGCAAGCACAACAUUCCCCAUUUCUGGCCCAAGCUGCUGAUGAAGGUGACGGACCUGCGCAUGAUCGGAGCCUGCCAUGCCAGCCGCUUCCUGCACAUGAAGGUGGAAUGCCCCACUGAACUCUUCCCCCCACUUUUCCUGGAGGUCUUCGAGGAUCAGGACGUGUGACGUCCCAGUGAGCUGCGGCAGGAGAAUCAACAACGUUUUGUAACCCGUGUUUCUCUACCCGUCUCACCCCCCUCCACGCACCAAACUCACCAGCAGCAGCUGAAAUGGCAGGGGUCAUCCUCAGAAAGGCUUUCAUAUGGGGAGUUUAUUUUUUAUUUUUUGCUUUUCGCAGAAAAAUCAGCCCUCCCUCAUCCACUAAAUUCCCCACGCGUGGCCCUUCUGUCUCGGCAUGAUGUCUUAUACUGGUUUACCAACACCUUAGACACAGAAUAUACAUCUACACACACACACACACUCCUGUAAGUGUGCUUACAGAUGCUGUACUCAUGCAACUCAAAUCCUCUGAUGAGCUUAUAUGCAUUUGUACACGUACAGACUGCACUACUGUCAUGCCACCACUGGAGGUGCCCUCUGCUAAGACUGGAUGGCAGCUGGCAUAUAGAUUCCUCCGCCAGGUCGUGAAGUGGUCAGUUCAUUUCGUUGAUUGAAAUCUCAGCGUUCUCGUGAGAUUGACCGUCGGUAUCUCAAGCGCCGCGCUAACAUGGAUCUUCUUUAACAGACCACAUGAUUCUCUUCGAAAUUGAGCCUGUGUGUGGAGCGGGAGGAAUUUUUUUGAACCAAAUCAGGUGCUAUAUUUAAAUAAAGCUACUCAAAAUGAUUUGGGACUUUUCAAGAACAUACCCCCCUCCCUUCUCUGUAGGACACGGACCGUUGAAAGCUCUCGGUCGCCAUUUUAGUGCACAUUCAGGGGUGCCGCUCAGCGACUUUGUGUGCGGUUCAUUCUUGCCAUUGUCUGGGCUUAUUUGUGGGCUCUUUGAGCCCCUCUUUGUCCCUGGAAAGUCAUGCAGAGAGAUGGAAAUCCAGGCACCCCUACACCUCCAAUCUGCACUGAUUUGUGUGUUUUACAGGUGUCAGGAGGGAGCCAGUAUUACCGUACUCCCAGACCCAGCACACACACACACACAAACAUACUAAAACACACACCUCAAAACUCGAAUGCCUCAUUUUUACUGUAUGCACUGCAGUGCUGUAGUUCUGGACUCCCAUACAGGGCUUUGAGAGUUCAGUCCAGCCCAUCUGUGUUCCGCUCAGAUGCUACUGUUGCCCGGUCUGUGCGAACACACGCGCACACUCCUGACGGGCCAUGGCGGACUGGCUGUUGUUGAUGUUUUUUCUUUGUGUUGUUUUUGUUUUACCUCAAAUGUGGGCACACCUUCGGCUGGCUGUGGCUCCAAGACUGCCUCUGUGCUGACAGGUUCUACCUCACCUCUGGACACAGGGCAGCUACCCUCAGCCACACACACACAUUUACACACACCUACACACACUCGUAUUCUCAUACAGCCAGGAUAGAAACACUCGCAGACACAGUUUCUUCUCAGUUACAUUGAAAUACCACUGUAGACAGGAGGGCCUGCCAUUCCUCAUCGUAGCCUAUCAGAUUUCUCUGAGGUGGCUGAGAGAAAAAACAAUUCUGGGUGGGCUUUUUUUGUUUCUUUUUGUGUGGGACCAAGUGUCACUUCGAUUUCCGUCAAAACGGAAGCUAGUUUUCAGCAGACGGUGAACUAAACCAUACAUGCCGCUGACUACGAAGAGGAGCCAUGGAGAGAACUACAGAUGAAGGACCAGAGGUGACCAGGCCUGAAUCAAAUGGGUAUAUCGCUGUUUCCUUUUCAAUACCAAGCAGUAAUUUGCAAAGUGGAGUGAGGGGUCGGCUGGUUUCUUCAGGGUGGGGCAGGGGACGCGGGGAAGCAGUUGAAUGAGAGCACUUAGCUUUGAAAGAGCCAAAUCUUCAGAGACGAUUCAACCCCUGGCACUUUUAAGGAGUUUUUGCACUAAGGCAUGAUGGGUCCCAUCCUCCAGCUCAGUCCAUGCUUUCCAAGGACACGCCCCCAACCUCUCUGUCAAACAGAGGCCACGCCUUCAUGUGCUCCUGAGCACACCCUCAGAGUCAGUAUUAAGUCAAGCAAAGUCCCGGUCAUGUCCUUGCUCAACAAAUGACGAAACAUUCAAACACACAUUCACAAACAGACCUCUGUGUCCCCGCCCCCUCGAAGCCAGAAGUGGCUUGAGACGAACACCCAACAGAAACGGGCCUUUCCUUUGUGAGACAAAGGAGUGGCCAAGCCAUGCAAAGAAUGGCAGCACCGAAUGAAUGUGAACAAGGAGCAGCAGAAUGAAAGAGCCAGAACGAGGAGUUGCUCUAUAAUAUGGUUGCGAAGGAACGCAGCCAAUCAGAACGAGAGGAACUGUCAGCAUUCCGUAAACAUCUGGCAUGGAAUUCCAUCUUGAAAUUGGAAUAACGCAGCAGUGGUUCCGAUUGGCUGAUUGAGUGAACGCAAGGGUUUCGAUGCUGCUUUACCUUCUAAUUUUGUUUGAGAGAGAUAGAAAAAUAAAAAAAUGAUAUAAUAAAAGAAUUACAAACCCAGAAAACAAA